AAUUUUAAAAAUAAUUUAGUAAGCGUACUUGAUGACAUUUCAGUUAACUUAAUAUUGCUUUAAGAACUAAUUUGUUUCAAAUUCUUUUCGCAAAGUUAAAAGAGAAGAGAUCGUGAACUUGACAUAGUGCGUUACAGCCUCUACAUAUCGUCAAUACAAGUAGGCUCAAGUGACUAUUCUUUAGCUAGGUUUACCUCCAUAUGUUUUCUUUCUCUAGAAAUUCUGUUUUAAAAGACGAACAUUAAAAGUGUGCGCGUGCGCAAAACGGAGUUACACUUCUUACAUUUCCAAAUUUUCUUCUGAAAUAUUCAGGAGACUUAACUAGCGACGUUUCUUGGAGAUAUGAAUUACGAACUUUACAAAACUAAAUUUUUGAAGUCCACGAAAGAAACUAAAACGAUCAUCUUUGGGUGUUAAAAAAAAAAAAAUUGAUAGUGCCGAUGAUUCGUGAUUGGAUGAACACGAACUUGAGUUUUUAGUGUAAAUGAAUUUGUGUGAGGAUCUCUCAGGACAAAUACAAGACCAACGACAUUCAAACGAGGAACUGAGAAACCGAUAAAAAAUGCAUAUCCGAUCGCAACAGCUUGGCGCCCGCGGAGUUUCCAUGGACGUGAAAACAUCAUGGGCAGCUCAGGAACACGAUUCCACGUUCGCUAAUUUGGAAACCAUGGCCCGCUUCCAGCAGAAGCAGCUGCAGGAGAAGGAGCAGAAGCUGCUGCAGCUGUACGACCAGCAGCAGCAGAGGGCCUACCAGGUGGUGCAGCGGGGUAGCGCGGGUUCCAGCAGCUCGAAUCACGGUUCCACGGUCAGAACUGCAGCGACAACAACCGCAACGGCGGCGACUCACACGACCUCGACCUCGCAGGGUGGUAAGGUGAGGCAAAUGUUCGACGAGAGGCGGCAGACUACCGUGAAAGGAAUCGACAGAAGUUACCCGCUGGAGCCGCUCGAGAACAAGCUGCGAAAGCAAACGAAUACGAACGGCGUGGUGACGCAGAGGAACGGUAAUGUGACGGUGAAUCGACAGUCCGUGAAACGUGUGUCGCGCGCGGAUGUCAACAGUAACGUUAACGGCGGCAAACCCGUCGUUUCUUACCACGAAGAGAUCAUUCGCGAGUCGUUCGGGCCGCCCGUACGUCGUCACGAUGACGACGACGAGUACGGCGUCGAGAAUCGCGUCGCCACGUUCGCCAACGGAUAUUAUCGUCACGAAGCUGACAAUGAGCAAGAGGAAGUAUUAGAUCAGGAUACGAUGGAGAGAAAUCGUAUGAUGGCGAAAAUCCAUUUGAUGGGAUACGACGAGACCCUGAAGCAUCGCGUGAGAAACGAUUUGGAGAGCGAGGAGUUUCCGGAAUAUCUCAUGGUGGAUGUGCCCGACAAGCUCUCGAAAAGGAACGUUACGAAGAAAUUGUCCCAGGCAGAAGAGCGACUCGAACGAUUCAAGAACGCGAACGCGAAGAGGAGUAACAUGUCGAAACAGUCGAAUUCUACUAGCACCGUGAUAAGAAAACGAUCGAAACAAAUGGUCCCGACAAAAUCGAAUUCCAGACCGUGGAGCGAGAUCGCCAGAACUUCCCCGAGCAGCGCGAGAAGCGGAAGUAGCCGGACUUCAGAGCGCAGUCAAAGGAUUCUUGCGUGUGCAAAGAGUCCUCUGCCGAGCGGAACGUCUCGCAUAGUUGACGAUGUAAACGCGAGACGAACGGAAAGUUCGGAUACCGAGACGUUCAUUCGACCUGCGUCUCCGCGAAGCUUCUCGAUGAGAGAAACUGCUGAGGUGGCAAGUAGCCCGAAAAUUCGUAGGAAUGAGUUCAAAUCGUUGACGUCCGAUGGAAAAAUAUUUAUGAGACACAGUGCAAGUCCGCGGUUCUUUUGCAAGGAAUCCGAAAGAUCUGGCACGACCAUCGAUCGAAAGUCCGAUUCCUCCGGAUCGCCAUUAUUCUAUCGAGAAACGUUAACAAAACGAAACAAAAGUCCACCAGUCUUUCUCAGCGAAUCCGAACAGUCCCGUAGAACGAGCGAAUCCAAAUCACCGAUAUGGUAUGACAAGAGAAUCUCGUCAAGAGAGAGCACGAGUCCGCCAUACCUUCGUCGUGAAUCCAAACGAUCCGAGACAGCUUUGAGUACCGAUCGAGAAACUAUCGGAUCCAAAUCAUCCGAAUGGAGCACGGGAACGUUAACAAGUACGAAUAUAGGUCGAUCAUCUUCCGCAUCUAAAUCGCCAUCAUAUAAGGAAGAAAUAUUAAAAAGGCGAAGCACCAGCCCGCAAUUCUUUUGUAGAGAGUCCGAACGAGGAGGCACAACUAUGAGCAUUGAUCGUGCAACUAACAUUACAAGUCCAUCGUAUCUUUACGGUGAAUCCAAACAAUCUGAAAGAGCAUUGAGUACUGAUCGAAAAACUAUCGGAUCCAAAUUGUCCGAAUGGAACAAGGAAAUAACAAAGCGGGAUAUGACUGAUGUUGAACGGAAGAAAAUCGAAACAAAUCGACAAUUUUUUUCGUCCAAAUCACCAUCGUAUAAAGAAGAAAUAUUAACAAGACAAAGCUCCAGUCCUCAAUUUUCUUGCAGAAAAUCCGAACGAUCUGGCACAAAUAUGAAUAUUGAUCGUAAACAUAGAUUGUCAUUGCGUGAACAAAAAGUAUUGAUAGACCGAUUGUUGAGCGGGAAAGCCAAGCAACAAUCUGCAUUCAUAACAAACAUCGAUCGGAAAUAUAACGGAUUCAAAUUAUCCGGAAUUGUACGUGAUAGGCGCACCACGAGUCCCCAGUUUUUCUGCAAAGAGUCUGAAAAAUCUGCUACAACGAUGUUGAUCGAACCAAAAUCAAAAAUAACAGAUUCCAAAGAUAUAUUAAAGGAGCGUGAUUAUAUAUCAAAUACUUCCUACAGACAAUCUGUAAAAUCUCCGUCAUCGAUCGAUAAAAAAAUUGGUUCUACACAAAGUAGAUAUAGUCCUUUAGUCACUAGAUACGAGCAGGAAAAAGCUUCGAAGAAAAAUGAAAUCAACGCUGUUACAAAUACUCGCAGAUCGUCGAAGAUCUCGGAGGCAUCAGCUAGUUCAAUCGUAAAUCUAAGAUACGGUUUAGAAUUCGAUAAUAUUUUCCAAUCAGCAGGGCUUGUCCGUAAAUUCAUGAAAUCCCAAGACGGAGAACAGCGCGAGACUCGUCAAUCGCCUUCAAGGAAACGCAACAUCAAGGAUGUAAAUGCUCGAAUCUCCGCAAGAGGUAAUCAAUCGAGGAAUCGACAUAAGACUCCAUCGCCUUUCCAAACAGCGAAAUCACCGUCUCUCGAAAAUAGGAAGAGAACUACGCCGGAACUCUUUCGCAAAAGUAUCACUCCAACGGAAGUCGACAUGGAGAUUCAAGAGAUAAUCAUGACCGAUCAUCGUAUUGAACGCGAUAAAUUGCAAAAAACACCGAGCCCAAUAUCGAAGCGACAAAUUGAUGGAACCUACACGAAAUCCAACAGUAGAGUAAAGUCCAAAACUUCGAUAACCUACCCUGUUCGCAAGACCCAUAGACAGAGAGAGUCCAUUUUAGAAUCAAGUGUCUUCAAGUCAGAGAGAAGUCUUUCCGAAAGGGGCAGAAAAAGUAUAGAUCACCGAAGCGAUCAAGAAAUUGAGGGAAGUGCCAUCAGUCUAAGUAAACUCAGCUGUAGUCCUGUAAGCCAAAGUUCUCAGCGUAUCAUAACUCGAGACAGAAAGGAAAAUGAGACUAAAGUGUCUCGGACGAGGGAGCAAACGCGAAAACAAUUCGCAAGAAAUGAGAGUAGAUACGUCGCGACUCCACGAUCCACGAAACACGAAAAGCGACAGCGCGCAAAUUCUCGAUCUCCAAAUCAGAUGGGGGGGUCUCGUCCUGCGGGAAAUAGAAUUGGCAGCCCAAGAGUAACGUCUCCCGAUUUUUCUAGAACAAGAAAAUAUCGCGAUGAUACAGUUUCGCCGAUUUUGCACCUCACGGAGAGGACCAAAGGAACACGUACAACAAAGGUCGAUCAACUGCAAGGUUUGCAAUCGGCACGAUUGGUGCGGGGUGCUAUAAAAGACAGAACCCUGUCUGCAGACGAUGAAUGCAAUCGAGAGAGAGGAGAUGAGAAUAAAAAUGUAGCGAUUGAUGAGGUUGACGCUGGGAUCGGCGUGAAAUAUCACACGGUAGUCAAAACCGCUUUAAACAGCGGGAUCAAGGAUCGUCGUAAAAUCGCUCGGCCGAACGCCGUUGAUCGGAUCGCAAGCGGAAAGAUCUCUCCUCGCGAAACGCAGAAACCGAUGAAGUCGAGCACUUCAAAGAAAACAUUUUCUCCGACGAGAGAAUGCGGCAGGCGGCACGAGGUAAAGUCUAGGAUUUCACCGCGAGUUUCACCUUUGCGAAAAACAACAGAAAUUUCUCGUAGCGCCGGCUCCCCGAGGAUUUUCUCAUCCCGCGGUGUCGUAUCAAAAGCGGAUCAAACUUCCACGUUUUCCAAAUUUUCGACGUACUCCGUGAAAGAUCGCAAACGCGACAGCGUUCCAACUGCAAAAAAAUUGAUGGAAUCGUUUGAUAAAAUAAGCGCGAAACGUAAAAUCGAAGAGCCAAGAGAGGCUGUGAGAGAAUUUUCGAAAGUGCGACAUGAAGAUAAAUAUGAAAGAGAUUUCGAAAGAACGGACUCCGUGGAGUCAGCAUUGAAACGAUUUGACUCCAUCGGUGCAGAAUUCGAACGUUCUUGCCCGAGCUUACGGACAUCUCCGGACAUUUCCUUACAAACGAUGAACGUCCAAACGAAAGAAUCAAUCGCCUCAAAAGAAACAACAAUCCCUUCUUCUGAAACAACGAAUCGUACGAUUUCAGGAUCGACGCUAAAAUCUACAGUCGGCAAAGAUCUGAAGGAAGUUGAAAACACCGCGCGAAAAAGUGAUUUGAAGAUGAUCCAAAAAGAGACUCGUUCCUCUGGAAGACCAACGAGAACCGAAACAAAUUUCGUCGAGAACAAGCAGAGUUUAACGAAAAUUCGAUCACCGAAGUGCAAGCGACGAUUAUUUGAAUCUAAUUCGGAAAAGGAAGAACGGCAAAAAUCGAGUUGCUCAAAAGCGCGAAAGAACGACAGUUUUUCCUCCGUAAGUUUCAGAUUUCGAAAAGACGAAACAUUGUCAAAUGUAAGAUCCAAAAGUCUUGAUCGCGACAUUGCAAGAGAAUCAAAGACGCUGGAAGAGACAUUUUCCGUGAAACCGUUACGGUCUAUCGAGGAUAUUCGAAAAUCGAUCGAUAACGAACGAAAUAAAUUAGUCGCUAUAGAAGAGUCGAGGUCAGCAAUUGCAAAUCGGCGUUCGGCCUCACGAGAGGAUCCCAAUGCAGCGAGAAAGAUAUUUCUCGAGGCCGAUUCCGCGAGAUUGACUAAAGUUAAAUCCUGUGUAUCCAGGAUAACGAAGAGCCCGAGUCCCGAUUCGGCUGCAACAAAGCAGCGCGAAACGAACGUUCGAACGACAAGAGGAAGCACUCCUUCGUCCCCCUCGAAAAGUCCUGACGUUGCCCCCAGGCGCACAGAGUCGAGGAAUCAAGAAACGAAGUCUUCGAGAAAAUCAACGGGGAAAAGCACGGAUUCAAUUGGAAAUAAAGCAACGACAGCUGUCGACACAACUGACGGUACCGUUCUCCAAAAUAGUUCGCUAUACGAAUCCACGACAAGAAAAUCCAACGCUUUCAUGAUUGACUACGACGAUCGACCAUCGAGAGAAGACGAUGCAAUCCCGUCGAAAAAAUCGCCGAUGAAGAAGUCUUCUGAUGUAAGAUCGAAUGAUAAGCAACAGGCAGCUUCCAGUGCAUCAGGUCGGCCGACUUCGUCGAACUCCGGUGUUAACUUAAUUCAAGAUUCCAGUACGAAAAGUAAAAUGGCAGAAAGAGAAAGAGGAAAGGGAAUGGCAAAAGAAGGAGGUGCAGCCAGAGGCAGAGGUAUGGAAAAGUCCUCUUCCAGUGGUAGCAAGCUUGCGAAUGCGUCGAGUUUCAACGAAGAUGCGACUAACGACACAAAAGGUCUGAUAAAAUGUAAAACGUGCGGACGUAGCUUCGCGCAAAAUCGAAUCGACCUUCACGAAAACAUCUGCUCGAAAACAACAACUAAGAAGAGGAAGCAAUUCGACCCGGUGAUGAGCCGAGUCAAAGGAACCGAGCUCGAACCUUUCGUCAAGAAAAGUCUUUCUAAGCGAGAGACAAAGACGAAGAAACCGGAGGCGAAGUCGGAUUGGCGGCGCAAACACGAGGAAUUCAUCAACACGAUACGCUACGCGAGAGAGACGCAGGCACGAUUGGCGGCGGGUGAAAAUUUGAGUGAUCUGCCGCCACCCCCAGCCAGCGAUACCAGCGAUUAUAUUCAGUGCGAGCACUGCGGCAGAAAGUUCAAUCGGUCCGCCGCGGAGCGGCACGUGCCGAUUUGCAAGCGUAUGCACGACAAGAAGCAGACACAGGCGUCGAGAAUGAAACAUUAGGGAGGAAAUCGCGACGAUCGCUCUCCCUCUUCCCUCUCCGCCUCUUCGCGAAGAAAGAAGAUAGAUCCGUCUCGUACUCCUCGAAAAUAAAUUAGCGUCACUCCAUUUAAGUGCACUCAUCCCCUCUCGUCCCCUUCGUCCCUCUCGCUGAUUUACAAGCGUUAACACUCUUCUCUCGCGCCUCCGCGAGACACGACUCACUCCAUUUCGUGUAAUUUUCGCCUGAGUAUUUAGAACUUCAUGAAGUCUGAAA